AUGCCUUGCAACUUCUUCAGAAUUUUUGAUUUCCAGAUAUGGCAGCGGCCAAGCCAACCCACCAACCAGCAACAACCUCAGAUUGAGGUGGACGACGAGUCCAAAGUCUUCUGCAUCGAAUUUCACAUGCUUAAGGUAAAUCAACAGAAGAACUACAUCGGCAACAGCCAAGAACCAGUGUCUUCCUACGAAGAAAUUACAUCCGAUAUUGAAAGAUUGUUAUGGCUUUCCAAACAUGAAGUGAUGUCGCAAGAUAUCGAUGGUGAUUGCUUGUACUCUUUGCUUAGAGAGUUCGAGAUCCCAGUGGAAGAUCAUGCUACUAUGGUACAACAAGUUGCUGGAUUGGCUGGGACAUCGAGGAUGCCCAUUGUUGUGGACAUAAUAUACGUGGAGUUAACGGAAAUAGAGGCGCCUAUUGUGGAUUUGGUGCUCGAUUACGAUACCAUAAUCUUGGACUCCAUGGAGACUUAUAAGCCUAAGUCCAUUCCAGCAACUAAAUCUUCUAUUGAGGCCUUGGAGAAGAUUAGGUUUCAGCCAAGUUCAAACUCAAUUCAAGAAUGUAGCAUCUGCUUGGAAGAGUUUCAGAUACGUUUCGAAGUCACUAGCAUGCCGUGUUCACAUGUUUAUCACGGAAAAUGUAUCGGCAAGUGGUUGCAGACAAGUCACUUCUGUCCUUUGUGCCGAUACCCAAUGCCAAAUAAUGCAUGUUGA